UAUGUUACCUCAUCACGUUUUCACAAACACAACCAGCAGAGCACUCACUCUGUAACAGAAAAAUCCAAACCCUAACUUGGUCGCUCUCACGCAGUUUUCGAGGAUUCCCAUACUAACGAGGAAGAUAAAAUCGAACACACUCAGACAGAUACGACCACGAUGGACGCCAUGAGGAAGCAACUCGACGUGUUGAUGGGCGCCAAUCGAAACGGCGACGUUCAGGAAGUUAAUCGCACGUACUACGAUCGCGAUGUGUGCCGUCUCUUCUUGGCCGGACUUUGCCCUCACGAGCUCUUUCAAUUAACGAAAAUGGAUAUGGGACCGUGCCCGAAAGUUCAUUCAUUGCAAUUGAGAAAAGAAUAUGAGGCAGCAAAGGCAAAGGGCACUGAUAAUUAUGACAGAGAAUUAGAAGACGCUAUUGACAGACUCAUUGUUGAGUGCGAUAGGAAAAUUGUUAGAGCUCUUAAGCGUCUCGAGGAUGAUGAUGCAAAGGCUGCCAUUGCUAUAUCAGUCUCUGAGGUGACUCAGACACCUGAGGUACUUGAGUUGUCUAAGCAGAUCAAGGAGAAGUUGAAAGAAGCUGAUCAAUUUGAUUUUGAAGGCAAGACAGAUCUUAAAAUCCGAGCUUUGGAAGUGGUAGAAGAACUCAGAACAACAAGAGCUGACAAACAGGCCAUACUGCUUUUGGAUGCCUUCAACAAAGAUAGAGCAUCUUUGCCUCAACCCCUCCCCAAUCCACUGCCAUUGGCACCCUUGCCUGUACCUGCUCCUGAUGCUCGUACGCAAGAAAUGAUUAAUGAGAAGCUGAAGAAGGCAGAAGAUCUUGGUGAGCAAGGAAUGGUAGAUGAGGCACAAAAGGCUUUGGAAGAGGCUGAAGCACUUAAGAAGCUUCCUGCCAGACAGGAACCUGUUCUAGAUUCCUCCAAGUACACCGCUGCAGAUGUUCGCAUUACUGAUCAGAAGCUACGUGUUUGUGACAUCUGUGGAGCAUUUUUAAGCAUUUAUGACAGUGAUCGUCGCUUAGCAGAUCAUUUUGGAGGGAAGCUUCAUUUAGGUUAUAUGCAAAUCCGUGAUAAGCUGGCAGAGCUUCAGGAAGAGAGAAACAAGAGUCGGAAAGAUCGAUAUGAUGAUAAAAGAUCAAAAGAACGAAGUAGAGAUCGUGACCGGGAAGCAAGCAGGGACCACGAAAAGGAAGUUAGUGUGAGUCGGGAUCAUCGUCAAGGAGACAGCUUUGACCGGGGUAGGGAUUAUGAUCGUAGUAGCCGAGAUCGUGAUAGGUAUUAUGAACGAGACCGUGGAUAUGAUCGAGAGCGUGACCGAAAUUCAAAUCGCCACCGUAGUUAUGAUUCAAAAAAUCAGCAGAGGUCACGCUCUCGGUCAAUGGAACGUUCAAGAGAUUAUGAUCGUCGCAGGAGACAUGAUCGGUACUAGAUGGUUGUGCUUGAACAGCAGAUGGACGUGGAUCUGUGUGCUGGUCUAGGUCAGUGAACUUAUGUAGGCAAAGUAUGAUGAUCUUGUGUGAUUUCUCUGAUACUUUUAGUGAGUUUGGCAGUUCAAAUAUUAUGGUGGACGUAACAACUGGUUUGAAGAUUUUGUUGAAUUAUGUUUGAGAGGUAUGCAUUACAACCGUUUUAGUAUUACUUUUUAUGUCUCAGAGUUUCCUUGAAUUUUCAGAAUAUAAUGUUUCACCGUUGGUAGUUUCAACUUUCCCAUUAUGUAAGUGAAAUGUGGGUCCAUCAUCUCUUGGUGAUGAAGUUGGAUAAAAUGACUCAUAAUUAGCUCUGCAGGUAAGAUUAAAUUCACCAACUCUUUAAAUCGCACUGGACGGAAAGGGUUUUAAGUUUUAUUUUGAGCUUUGGAAUGAGGUGUACUCUAGUUGCAUGCUGUUGGCAGUCGUUUGUACUCCAGCUUGUGAAGGCAGAAGUUCAGUUUCUUUCACAUGUAAGUAAAAGUUAAGAACAUGGAAUUUUAAUAUAAAUUCAGGCAUUUUAUGCUUGGGUAGUAUCUCUUCUUUGUGCAGCUGACUGGCAUUAUGUAUUUUAGGUUUGUCAUGGUAGAAUUUUCUGUAGUGUUGUGAAAAAAUGCUAGUAUUCUUUAAUCUCCUCAACUGAGAG